AUGACUCCGCAAACCCCAGAGAAACCUGAGGCAGUGUGGAACCUGGAGAGCUCCAGAGCUACCACUCGUGAGAUCUUCCGCCGUUUCAUCUUUGAGGAGAUCCGCUCAUCCACGAUUCCAAGUGUCCAGCUCACUGGCAAGAAUCCACAAAUGUACGAGGACAUGACUGCUGGAACUUUGCCCCUGGAGCCCACUUUCGUGGAUGACCCUCACACGGCUUCAGUACUACUUCGAUACAGCAUAUGGCUCAUUGGCGUCCUGUGCCUCACCAGAAUCGUGCUGUUUCUAUAUCGCUCUCUGAGUUCCCCGCUUCGCUCCGUUCCUGGUCCAUUCCUUGCCCGCUUUGGCAGGAUAUACUAUUUCUGGAGAGUUAGUCGUGGCCGCUGGGAACAUGACGACCUGGCCUUGCACCGCAAAUAUGGUCCCGUCGUCCGUGUGGCAUCUGAUAUGUACAGCAUCGAUUCCCCGGAGGUCGUCAAAAAGGUCUAUGGUAUUGGCUCCAAGUCCCCAAAGUCAGAUUGGUACGAUGCAUGGAGACAUCCUGAUCCCAACCGCUGGACGCUGUUCCCGGACAGAGAUAUGAAGAGACAUGCCGAAACCAGGAAACGAUUUCAGGCAAUGUACUCCAUGUCGAGCUUGGUCAAUUAUGAGGGGUAUGUUGAUGAAUGUGCCGAAAUCUUCUGCAGAAGACUGUCCGAAUUUGCGGAACGUCGCGAAACCAUCGACAUGGCGCAUUGGCUGCAGUGUUAUGCUUUUGAUGUGAUUGGUGAUAUUACUUACUCUCAAAGAUUUGGCUUUCUGGACAAGGGCGAGGAUAUUGCUGGACUGCUGAAGGCAUUGAAUGGAGUGUUGAAAUACGGUGCCCUGGUGGGCAUAUACGCAUCUUGGCAUCCGAUUGUGUACAAUGUCUCAAGCCGUCUCGGGUUUGGCGGAGCAGCUGGUCGCACAUACCUCAUGCAAUUCGUGGAGGAGCGCAUUCGACAAAGAAAAGAAGAAGCCAAGGCUGGAAAAGAUGUAGAAAAACUGGGCGAAAGGGACGAAAAUGCGCCCAUGGACUUCUUGGAGAAGCUCAUGGUGGCUAACCAGAACGAUCCAGAGAGGGUCACGCCAUAUCAUGUCUUUAUGAUGGGGUUGUCGAACAUCAUUGCAGGAUCUGAUACAACCGCCGUCAGCCUUUCGUCCAUUUUGUACAACCUUUUGAGGCACCCAGACAAAAUGCUCAAGCUUCGACAGGAGAUUGAGGACUUUGAAGCCCAAGGCCGCUGUGGUAGCCAAAACGUGGCGUUCAAGGAGAGUCAAGAGAUGCCGUAUCUGCAGGCUGUCAUGAAGGAGGCACUUCGGAUGCAUCCAGCCACUGGCCUGCCUAUGUGGCGAGUUGUACCCGAAGGAGGUGUCGAACUCUGCGGUCGGUAUUUCCCAGAGGGCACUAUUGUGGGUAUCAAUACCUGGUGUGCUCAUUACAAUGAAAAUGUCUUUGGGCCAGACGCCGGCGAGUUCCGACCUGAGAGAUGGAUCGAAGCCGAGAAAGAGGGUGGCGAACGGCUGAAGAGCAUGGAAAGUUAUUACAUGCCGUUUGGACUGGGAUCGAGAACAUGUCUCGGCCGUCAUAUCAGUUUUCUGGAGAUGUCGAAGUUGAUCCCCCAAAUCGUCAGGCGAUUCGACUUCGAGCUCGAGCAUCCUGAACGGCACUGGGCCACUGACAACAACUGGUUCGUUAAACCGACGGAUUUCCAUGUGAAAGUAAAACGUUCAGGGGAAUAG